CCUGCGACAUUCCAAUCCGUCAUCGAUCAUGCGAUUCGACCCUACCUUGACAAGUUCGCCAUUUGCUAUUUGGAUGACAUUCUCAUCUAUUCCAAGACCCUCGAGGAGCACAAGGAGCACGUAAGGAAGGUACUGGACGCACUACACCAGCACAACCUUUCGGUCAACAUGGAAAAGAGCGAAUUCCAUGUGAAGGAAACCGUGUUUCUUGGGUAUCUGAUCUCGGAGAACGAAGUCAGAAUGGAACCAAGCAAGGUGGAAGCUGUACGAAACUGGCCUGUGCCCAGGAACGCGACCGAUGUACGCGGAUUCCUAGGGUUCACCAACUUCUAUCGCAUGUUCAUACGCGAUUAUGGGAAGAUUGCCAGACCACUGUACGAGCUUACCAAGAAAGAAGCUGUUUUCACAUGGGGAAAGAAGGAACAGGAGGCCUUUCAAGCCAUCUGCGACGCAGUCACCGCAGACCCUGUACUGAAACUUCCCGAUCCAAGCAAGCAAUUUGAGGUUGAGACCGAUGCGUCCGACUACGCCAUCGGAGGACAAUUGGGACAACGCGACGACCAGGGGAAGUUACACCCGCUAGCAUUCUUUUCAAAGAAACUAGAAGGACCUCGUCGCAAUUACCCGAUUCACGACAAGGAACUCUUGGCUAUCAUCGAGGCUUUCCAAGAGUGGAGACCGUAUCUCAGCGGUACCACCAAGGAAGUGCUAGUCUACACCGACCACAAGAACCUUAAGUACUUCACGACCACGAAGGUACUUAAUGGACGACAGACACGGUGGGCAGAGUUCUUAUCGGAGUUCAACUUCCAGAUCAACUACAAGAAGGGAUCGGAGAACGCUCGGGCUGAUGCGCUCAGCCGACGGGCGGACCAUGUGAAAGAUGCAGCCGAAGCUUCUGCACCUUUGUUCCAGGAACAGCCGGACGGAUCACUCGUACACCCACUACAGGAAUGGGUAGAGUGCUGCGCCGUCUACUGGGCCGAACUACAGGGCCCCAACUAUCAAGCUACCACCGCCACUCCCGAAGAGCGACGGAGGUGGGAGGACAAUCCGGAGGAAGGAGUCGUCCUCCAGAACGACAAGCUAUGGUACCACGACAAGGCCUAUGUAUGGCCGGAGCAGCAAGAAGCGCUCAUCCAGGAUAUCCACGCAUCCAAGAUUGGAGGACACAUGGGUAUCACGAAAACCAUAGCACGAAUACGGCAACACUACGACUUUCCCAGGUUGAAAGAUGCGGUGGCUCGAACAUUGCAGGCCUGCGAGCGAUGCAGCAGAACCAGGGUUGCAAGACACAAGCCAUACGGACUUCUCGAACCUCUGGAAGUCGCGGAACGACCGUGGAGCUCGGUAACGAUGGACUUCAUUACCAAGCUGCCGCUAUCCACCGACACCGCCACAGGAGUCAUGUACGACAGCAUCCUAGUGAUGGUGGAUAGGCUGACCAAAUGGAGUUACUUCCUGCCAUACAAGGAGACAUGGUCAGCAGAACGGCUUGCGGACGUGAUCUAUCGAAACGUCACUUCGGUACACGGAUGGCCGAAGGAAUGGAUCACGGACAGAGACACCAGGUUUGCAUCCAAAUUCUGGCAGGCAUUGAUGACCAAGCUCGGUACCAAGAGUAAGCUAUCAACGGCCUAUCACCCCCAGACGGAUGGACAAACCGAAAGGAUAAACCAGAUCGUGGAACAAUAUCUGAGGAAUUAUGUCAACUUUGAACAAAGCGAUUGGGUAGACCUACUACCAACGGCACAAUUGGCAUACAAUACCGCACCUACAGAAACCACGAAGGUGACACCUUUCUUCGCAAACUACGGAUACGAGAUGGAACAAUUGGAAGGACCCGAUUCAAAUGUUCCCAGAGCCUCAGUCAAAGCCCAAAAACUGCACAUGCUUCACGAGAAACUCAAGAACGAGUUGGAAUUCGUGCGCCAGAAGAUGGGCCGCUACUACAACCAGAAAAGGCUCGAGGGACCUCGCUUUAAGGAGGGGGAUAAAGUCCUCUUAUCCACCAGGAACCUUAGGACGAAGCGACCCAGCAAAAAACUCGAUGAUCGACGAGUGGGACCUUUCAAAAUCAAGAAGAAAAUCUCGGACGUAGUGUUUCAACUGGACAUUCCCGACACCAUGAAGCUAAGAUCACACUCAUUCCACGUAUCGCUGCUAGAACCCGCACCAAAGAACGCUAGGAUCAAUACCAGUGUCAGCAUCGAGGACGAGGAAGAAGAAUGGGAUGUGGAACAAAUCUUAGAUUCAAGGAACGAGGAAGGGAAACUGGAAUACCUCAUCAAGUGGGAAGGAUUCGGUCCCGAAGACAACACAUGGGAACCCAUCAAGAAUUUGAACUGCCCUGAGAAGUUGGAAGAAUUCCACCGAAGGAACCCGGACCGGCCAAAGGCGAAGGACUGUGUAGCCAGGAGGCAGGCAGGUCGGACACGUCCAACAAAGACCAAUCGAACUCAGGCACGACGGCAGAGGAAGUAG